AUGGAGUCAGACAACUAUGAGGACGAAUUGCAUAACCCUUGUGAAUCGGUAUACUGUGGUUCCUCAGCUGAAUCUGAGCCAGAAACAAAGGCAGUCACAACCUUUAUCCGGGCACACCUUGCUUCUAUCAAAGGAUAUAUAACCAUCCACGCCUAUUCUCAGAUGCUACUUUUUCCUUAUGGCUAUACAGAAGAAGAAGUACCUAUUCAUGACAAACUGAAUAAAUUGGCUAAGGAAGCUGUGGGUGCUUUACAUAGCCUCCAUCAAACAGAGUAUAUAUAUGGAGCAAUCGCAACCACAAUUUAUCCUUGUUCUGGAGUUUCCACAGAUUGGGCUUACGAUGAAGGAAUAAAAUAUUCGUUCAGCUUUGAACUUCGUGACCGUGGCCAAUAUGGUUUUCUCCUGCCUGAAAGUCAGAUAAAACCUACCUGUAUGGAAACUAUGCUGGCAAUCAAAGUACUUGCCAAAUACAUUGUCAACAAUGAUCAGUGAACACUUGGUCACACUUCCUUACAAAAUAAAUUCUCUCCUUCUUGGCUGCAAUUGUCUCCUUGAUUCUACCAGUAAUUAUAGAUUCUCUUUUCUGAUUUUUCUAUUCCACUGAUAUUUUGUUGUCUUUCCCUUUGAUGUCUUUCAGCACUAAUUAAACUUUGAAAAUGCAGUGUGAAGGACAAAUUUCCUAAUGGAUUUAUUUUAUUCAAGCAUAUGAAAGACAUUUGCUG